UGCAACGCACAUCGGCGGCCGGCGGCCGAGCUCAAAAAUUUCCCCCGUUUCGCGGACGUUUCCGUGCGGUUUUCCCAGUGCCCCUGCCAUCUGUGGUCACGGCACCGUAGCAAGCGGCUCCCAUCUCUGCUUGUGAGAUGCUCUUCCUCGUCCGCCGCCGCCGCCGCGCCCUCGCGCUCCCCUUCUCCACCCUACAGGCGGCCGCCCCCGCCUCCUCCCCCACGCCGCCCUCCUCUCUCGACGCCGCGGCGGUGCUCCAGACGCUCUCCCUCUACGCCAAUGACUGGCGCCGCGCGCUCGACUUCUUCCACUGGUCCGCGUCCCCGGCCGGCGCCAACCUGCCCCCGACCGCCGCCACCCUCGCCCGCGCCGUCGACAUCCUCGGCAAGCACUUCGAGUUCCCGCUCGCCACCUCCCUCAUCCUCUCCCACCACGACCCCGCGCGGCGGGACCCCGCCUUCCUCCGCCCGGCGCUCCGCGCCCUACUCAACCGCCUCGCCGCCGCCAACCUCGUCGACGACGCCGUCCGCGCGUUCGAAUCCACCGCCGCCUCCAUCGGCCUCCGCGAUGAGGCCUCCUUCCACCUCCUCAUCGACGCGCUCUGCGACCACCGCCGCGUCGACGAGGCCGAUCACCUGUGCUUCGGCAAGGACCCGCCGCCGUUCCCGCUGGGCACCAAGACCCACAACCUAUUCCUCCGCGGGUGGGCUAAGACCCGCGCCUGGGCGCGCCUCCGCCAGCUGUGGUUCGACAUGGACCGCCGCGGCGUUGCCAAGGACCUCCACUCCUACUCGAUAUACAUGGACGCCCUUGCCAAGUCAGGCAAGCCGUGGAAGGCCUUCAAAAUUUUCAAGGAGAUGAAGCAGAAAGGCGUUCCUAUUGAUGUCGUUGCGUACAAUACUGCGAUCCAUGCGGUUGGGCUCGCACAGGGCGUCGAUUCUGCUGUAAGGUUGUACAGACAGAUGGUCGAUGCUGGUUGCAAGCCGAAUACCGCCACUUUCAAUGCAAUUAUCAAGUUAUUCUGCAAGGAGGGAAGGUUCAAGGAGGGGUAUGCGUUUGUUCAGCAGAUGCACAAGACUGGGUGCAAGCCUGAUGUGCUAACAUACCAUUGCUUUUUUCAGUAUUUGAGCCGCCCACAGGAGGUCCUCGGGCUGUUUGAGAAAAUGCUUGAGAGGGGUUGCCAGCCUAGGAUGGACACAUAUGUCAUGGUCAUAAAGAGGUUUGGGCGCUGGGGUUUCCUUCGGCCAGUGUUCAUUGUGUGGAAGGCAAUGGAAGAGCAGGGUCUUAGCCCCGAUGCAUUUGCAUACAAUGCACUCAUUGAUGCAUUAUUGCAAAAGGGUAUGGUGGAUUUGGCUAGGAAGUAUGAUGAGGAAAUGCUUGCGAAGGGACUCUCACCUAAGCCAAGGAAAGAGCUGGGGACUAAGUUGCCAGAAGCGGAGUCUGACAGUGAUAAUGUACUGAAUGGUGUGCUUUGAUUUCUGAGGGCUAGAAAGGGACAGCAGCAUUAUCAUGUUCCUACUUCCCAUUUUGUUACAAUUUUACCAUUGGAAGCUGAUUAAAACAAUGGUGUGAUGAUGCUCAUGUUCCAAAUAUAUGUUUCUUAGCUGCCUUGGCAUCGGAGGAGAUCAAAUGUUAAUUCAUGGAUUUUUACAGUGAAUUAAUAGGGUGGAUCAUAUUGCAUUGUCGUCAUUUAUAAUGUCGUUGUCAAUUAAUAUGUUGUUGUUCCCUGGGCUAUAUGUGUAACGGCAGGGGCUUAGCACAGAUUUUGUAUGGAUUGCUGGAAAAGCAUUGGUAAACAUGGUCACAUGUUCUGUAAAAAGGGUUAGCAGAUGCUCAAGGGGCUCCUACCCAUGUUGACAUGAGUGAACUGAAGGACUAAGAAGACUGAACAAACAAAGCACAGCUCAGGGAGUUUGAAAAACUAUGUCCACGCUCAGACUGUUUCAACUUACUGAACAGCCUGACAGUGUAUCGUGUAACAGGAAUGCUGCACAUAUUUAUUCCAACAAGUUAGCAUAUUGCUCGCCAAUUCAGAUCAAAAUUGGAAUGGAAGUUCAGAUGAAAUGCAAAUUCUUCACUUGGUUGCUCCUUUGGUAACAAUGUUUUCACAUUAGACAAACUGCUAACCCGUCAGCUUUGUUAUCACAGUUGAUCGUCAACUGUAACUCUUCAAAACAUAUUUGGCACAUGAUGGCAGCUUGGUCAGGGAUGGAUUCUCUCGCGCCUUGUAAUUCUUCAGAAACUGGAGGCUCGGGCAUGUUGAAGGGAGUAACAUCCAGGCCCAUGAAGAGAAAUUCAGACCAUAUAUGUUUUGAACAUAUGAAAAGAAGAAAUUGGCGAAAAUGUUUUAGAGCAAUUAGCUUGGACUUCACGCAGGUGAUCCUAAUUAUUAAACAGAACAUUGGCAUGCUAGGUACUGUGCGUUCAGUAGCACAGUAGGAAGGAGAGGAAGUGAUGUAGGAAGUCUGCAUUGCUGGCUUUGCUCACUAUUGUUGGAAGCCGUCCGAAAGUUUUCCAUCUUCUUCUUCUUUUGGUUUUCUUUUCUUUCCAAACAACUUGUUUUAGAUUUCCUGGUGGCUCUGAAGCUGCUUACAUGUUCCUUUGGCUGCAGCCUCUCCUUUCUUUUUGCUGGAUCUGUGACAUGGUAACCUGAAUUGUCCAGUUUUUGGCUGGAAAGAGCAACGGGGAACAUGAGUUCCUUAGUUCAUUUAGCUUUUUGGCUGAUGAAAUUGCUGUGUGUUGGAGCAAGGCAUCAGUGCAGUCUUGUGACAGUUUUGCUCCUGUAUGCACCACCUCUCAACUGUGAUGUACUAAUACGAAGAAUAAUUGUAC